ACUUUCUUUUCCAAACAAUUAUCUUACUCAGGUGCACGAACCUUACCAACUAUUUAUAUCUUUUCAUUCUUCAACUGUAAACCGUCUCACCUUUUCCUUAAAACACACACAAAUAUAACAUACUUUUCUUACCUAUUAUUGCUGCUAAAACAUGAUGCCAAACAGUGGGUUUGACUCCGAAUUCGCUCUUCUCGAAUCUAUUCGCCGUCAUUUGCUAGACGAUUCAGCGAGUGAUACUUUCCCGCCUAUGCACUGCAAGAGCAGUGACAAGUUUCUUUACUUGUCGGACGCUUGGGGUGAAUUGCCCUUUAAACAGAAUGACUCUGAUGACAUGCUCAUCGCUCGGUUUCUUCACGAAAUGUUGGACUUCGAGUGUCCGUCGGAAAAUACCCCUACAGUUAAAUCCGAGCCGGAGAUAUUUGUGAGAUCGCCGGAAAUUUCGAGUUUUCAAGCAGAAUCACCGGCUGGAACCGAAAGGGGGAAACAUUACAGAGGCGUGAGGCGGCGGCCGUGGGGUAAGUUCGCGGCAGAGAUCCGUGAUUCCGCGAAGAACGGUGCCAGAGUGUGGCUGGGGACGUUUGAGACUGCGGAGGAUGCGGCGUUGGUGUAUGACAGGGCGGCGUAUAGGAUGCGUGGUUCUCGCGCUUUGCUGAAUUUCCCACUGCGGGUUAAUUCGGGUGAGCCAGAGCCGGUUCCGAUAACCUCGAAACGGAGGAGAACGUCGCCGGCGGGUUCGGAGGAUCGAUCGCCGAAGAAGAGAGUAAAGGUAGAAGCGGAGUCCAGCGUGGAAUUGGAUCCACGUGGCAAAUAGUUUGUGGGUGGUUAGACGUACCUCUUGUAUCCCGUGUAUUAUGUUGAACGCUACCGUAUGAAAGAGAUAUUACUUUUUAAGAAGUAAGAGGUUCAUCAAAUAUGUAAGAUAAGGGUAUGUGU